UGAGAAGUGGCAAGAUGGCGUCUGAGCCCAACAAGACUGAGAUUCUCACCAUCUUUAAAAGGCUGAGGGCUAUACCCACGAACAAGGCCUGCUUUGACUGUGCUGCUAAGAACCCCAGCUGGGCCAGUAUACCAUAUGGAGUGUUCCUUUGUAUCGAUUGCUCUGGGGUCCACCGGUCUCUGGGGGUCCACCUUAGCUUUAUCAGGUCUACAGAACUUGAUUCUAACUGGAACUGGUUCCAGCUGAGGUGUAUGCAGGUUGGGGGAAAUGCCAAUGCGACUGCUUUUUUCCGUCAGCAUGGCUGCACGACCAAUGACACUAAUGCUAAGUACAACAGCCGAGCAGCACAAAUGUACCGUGAGAAGAUUCGACAACUGGCCAGUGCUGCUCUUUCUAAAUAUGGUUCUGAUCUGUGGAUUGAAGCUCAAGGAAACACCCAGGUUACUACACCUGAAAAGAAAGAUCAAGAUUUUUUUGCAGAACAUAGUCAGUCUGCAAACAGUUGGGAUGUGACAGGUCCUAACAUGCUGGAACGGAACGGUUCUGCACCCUCACAGAUCGAAGAGGAAUCCCCUAAAGUGGAGGGAAAAAAUAGCAAUGAGCAAGAAGAAGGCCCAAGCAUUGAGGGACUAAGCACAUCCCCCAAAGCUGCCCUUGAAGACUCAAUGCGUUUGUCCUCCGAUGGACCGCAGCCUUCUGAAGAUGUGAAGUCCUCUAUCAUUGGGAAAAAGAAACCUGCAAUGGCAAAGAAAGGGCUUGGUACUAAGAAAAGCCUUGGGGCCCAGAAGGUGAGCAGCAAGAGCUUCAGUGAGAUGGAGAAGCAGGCCCAGGUGGCUGAGAAACUGAGAGAAGAGCAGGCUGCUGAGGCCCGGAAGCAGGCGGAGGAGUCCAUUGUGGCCUCCAUGCGCCUUGCCUACAAAGAGCUGCAGAUAGACAGGAAGAUGGAGGAAAAGAAGCUUCAGAACCUGGAUGGGAAGAAAAGAGAGCAGGCCGAGAGGCUGGGGAUGGGCUUUGGAAACAGGAGUGCUGUUUCCCAUUCUGUUAUGUCAGAGAUGAAGGUGAUUGAACAGGAGACUCCCUCUGGCAUCAAGUCUUCAACUUGUUCAAAGCUGGACAUGUUUGAUGAGCCUGGGUUCACCUCUGGGCCCCCAAAGUACAAGGACAACCCUUUCAUGUCGGGUGACACCUUUGCCUCGCGGUGGGACUCAGAUGGAGGAUCCUCCUUCUCUUCCUGGUCUCUGGAGAAAGAGGAACCCAAGGAGAAUGAGGUCACCAUCUCCAGCAUCCAGCCUAUUGGAGAGAGGUUGCCUAGCCGACGGAAGCCUGAAGCCAGCACUGCUGUAGCCGAAUCUAGUGAGGCCAGGCAGAAGUUUGCCAAUGCCAAAGCCAUUUCCUCAGACAUGUUCUUUGGAAAAGAGAGCAAUGCUGAGUAUGAAGCAAAGGCCCGUUUGGAGAGCAUGUCGGGCAGCACCUCCAUCAGCUCUGCAGACCUCUUUGGGGACCGCAGCCACUCUACAGGUUCAUCUGGCUUUGACAGUGUGCUUCCAUCAGGCCCGGAUAUCGCCCAAUUCAAACAAGGGGUGAAGACUGUGGCAGGGAAGAUGGCAGUGCUGGCCAAUGGGGUGAUGAACACAAUCCAGGAUCGUUAUGGCUCCUAUUGAAAACUGGCCACCUCAAGAAUCACAAAUACGAGCAAAACAGCAAGAACACGAGUCUUAUGGUUUUCCUCCUGGAAUGUGCAUCAGUAUCAAGAGGAAAAAAUGAGCAGGAUGGUAUGACUGUGGUAUGACAUGUUUGCCUACCAAGACUUUUAUAGACUAUAAAGAAACUGAACCAGUAUUUUUUGUUAGGAAACUUUUCAGUUUUUUUCAGGAAAAAAAGCACUGUUAGUUGUAGGAAGUCUGAUUUCAAAGCCAUGUGUUUUAUUUCCUGAGCUGUUUGAUUUAUACAAUUUGGUCUGCAUCUUCAAAAUCUUAUUUUAAAGUAUUAACUUAUAUUUAUAACUGUAUUUCACUUUUAGCCAUGCCCAUAUUUUAUUUACCCAUUUUUCAAAAAUGGGUAGUUUAUGUAUUUACUUUGUUGUGAAAGGGACUCAUUACUGCAAUUAAGUCUAAAAUCAGCUGUUUCCUCAUUUUAUUUACUGUAAAAUUGUUUUUUAGAGGAUUGUUGUGGAUAUAAAAAAUUUCCAUUUACCCUAAGCAAACAAAUUAGUGGGUACAGUAUUUCCAUGUAUGCUGGUCUUGAAUGUCAGAAAAUGAAAAUAUUAACUGCCAUUUUAAGUAUUUCACACUUUUAUUUCAUGUGGUAAGUGUUUUCAUCCCCAGAUACUCAUGCUGCCUGUCAGUUUGAUUUCUUAUGAAAAGAUUUCUCCUGCAGGAUUGUUUUUUUAAAGCCACUUGGACUGAAUGUUUGAAAUGGUUCUCCUCUAUUAGCAUGUGUGCAAGCUUUAAUUUUUUUUCUCGUGUUGCGUCAGAGGAACAUUUAAGUGGUGAAAUGGUUUUAAAAUCCUCCUGUAGUAUUUUUAUGAUUAGUGAUUUUCUUAGAACCUACAUAAUAGCGGCUGAAAAUGAGUGAAAUGUUUCUCUAAGGUGUACUAACUAGGAGUCAAGUCAGGUUUGGUUGUAGGAAUAAAUGACAAAAUAAUAAAAAUGAGCAGUCAUGAUGACCACUUAGUCCUUUGAAAUGAAUUACUGGAACUGUGCUUUUAAGGCAGAAGAUUCUGGAAGAAGAGUGUAUAGGUGGGAACAACUUUGAAGCCUGUACUGAAUACUGCUGACUUUAACUGCUGUUUCAGUGGAUGACUUGGAUGAUUGAAGAAUAAUAUAUUUCCAGCAGCCUGUUGUAUAUAAAUCUUGUUACCAGGAUUGGCAGUGCUGAGCAAGCAGAAUAAAUUGACUAAAGUUAUUCAGCUUCAGUCUUGUAAAUAAGGAAUGGGGUGAUGUACAAGAUCUAAGAUACAGACUUUCCUAAAUGCUUUAAAUAUUGUUUGGAGGAAGCAAACCAGUCUGCCGCUAUCCAACACAAGCCCAGUGCACUGGAUGUAGUGUUGCAAAGAUUUUUUUAUUUUUUAAAACCCAGUAAGGAAGGGGAGAAGCUGUUCUAAUUGUUCAUAACGGCCACUGAGUAGUAGGUUUGUGUAAAAGGACAUAAAACAUAAGUUCUUAAGACUGUCAACUAAUAUGAAAUUCCCCCCCCAGCACUAAUUUGCAAAUGUCACAUGGUUGAUGAUGGGGGUUUGUGUGUCUUUGCUGUUCUUUUAGCCCCACAUGGCCCUACCUAUCUUUUCCCUUGGUGAAUUUGUUCCUGUGAGGUACACAACUUGUAUGCAAUUAAUCAAUAAAAAAAAAAUGAGACCUCACUUGGCAUGUUUGCUUGAGCACAUGGUAAAAAGAUCUUAACUCCAUUAUUCAAAAUCCAUAUCCAUUUAUUACCUGAGUGCAAAAUUCCCCAAUAUGCAAAGAAAAUGUGGUUGAGAACACAGUGCAGAAAAUACAUUUGUACAUUGUAUUCCUUAGCUUAAAUGAACAUGCACAGAAGCAGUAGGUAAGACAACCAAGGCAGCUCAUUAGAAAUUCAGUAACGUGAACAAUUCUCCUUUCUUUAGAGAAAGGAAUUGAGUUAGCACUUCAGUCCAUGAGAAGUAGUGGGCACACAAAAUCAGUGAAAAGCAAAGAUUAACAAGAAAUAUUCUUGUUCCCUUACCUCAUUCAUUUACAUGGUUGAUUCCCUUUUUUUGGUUACAGCUUAUUUUUAGUGAAAGUCACUUGGUUUAAAGAUUGUUUUCGCAAGCAUUAAUACCUAACUGAAAGACAGAAAGG